UCUGGUAGGCCGCGCAGUUCCACCUAAAUCAGUCGUCCCCAUUCACCAACUUAACAUUUCGAUAUUUUGCGGAAAAUCGCGGUCAGGGCUUGUUUCGGAGCGGACACGCUGCCGAGACCAACACGCAGACGAAGAAGGAGAAGGAGAAGGAAUAGCAGCAGCCAGCCAGGGGACGAGCGUUUUCUUACCACCUCCUCAGUCGCCCGCUUGGAUGUUCGUACUGUCCUUCCAAUCGCGGCAUAUUGGCUUGUCCGUACUUUGUUCGAAUCAGUCGUCAUUCUGUGUGGAGUGCAUGGAGGGGAGUAGCGGAUCCUGUUGUUCCUUUCGUGUCAGGGUUUUAUUGACGGACUGAAGGAGCUGUGUUGACAGAGUGAGUGCGUGUGUGUGGGAGAGUGGGAGGGAGGGAGAGAGAGAGAGAGGUGAGGGAGCUAGUAUAGAAGAGUAUUUUCAUUUGAUAAGAUAAAUGAGAAUCUAGCCAUUACUACGGACUGACAAGCACUCUGCGGCUCUGAGAAACUGGACGUGAGGCCUGGGAGCUGCUGCGUUGACGCCGCAAGGGUGUGAUGAUUUGCGGUUGUGGCAGGGGGCGCUUGAUGAGUGGGCCAUGGGAGGUGGCUUCAUGAGAGAGGAGGAGAGAUUCAGGUUGCUGGAGAAAUCGGCGUGUGGGGGAUAUUAGUGUGGUUCCUUGGGUCCGCAGAUUCCAAAAAGUCUAUGAACCGACUCUGUAUACUCGACUACUCCGUUCUUGGUGUCUGAUAUUUUCUUCACUCGAAACUGCGGGUAAAAAGCAUUUGGCUUCUGUACUGGAAGAGGGUGAACCUCUGAUGCCCAAGAGCGGAUUAAGUGGCUACUACAUUGAAAACAAGGGUUCGGGGACACGACAUGUUCAAUGUUUAAAGAAUUUUUCUUACGAAAAAAGUUUACAUCAUGGUAAAAUCAUUUCAAUAUUCUGAGGCAUUAUCCGGACGGACUUUUCGGUGCGGACCCCUGUAGUAGUAUCAAAGAGGUGAUGCAAGACAGCCGUGGAAAGUUACAUCGAACAUUCAGGCCUCGGAGGGCACACAUAAUUGAAGGAAAGGGCUCAAACUUGUCUCGGAAACGGAGAAAGCCACUCACACGCAGUCGAGGUUCUACCUCAGUGACCAUGCAUGGCAAAAGGGGCCGGCGCGGGAAAGACCAGAUUAUUAUUGUGUGAGAGGCGCACUUUUCCUUGAAGUUAAAACUGAACAUCGGAUCAGUUGUUUUACCCAUCCAUGGGUAUAGCUCCCGAGUCGAGCGGCUAUUCGCAACCUCCAGACAUGGUGGAUUUUCAGCAAAGGUCCAUGUGGCCUGCUACAACGCAAGCUUUGAUGAAGACAGAUAAGCGGAGGGAUCUGCUGCAACCUACGAUAGAUCUGGAGCAGCUUCUUGAAAGAGAUAACACAUUUGCUGAUGAGCAGAGGUUUGAGGAUUUAAUGAGAUCCAGCAAAACAGCAAUACGCCAUAGAGAUUCACUUGUGAGGAUGUGGAAAAACCACCAAGUCAAUGCGGUCGGAUUGCUGAGGGAGCAACUGGAUGCUUUACAGCAGAGAAGGUUUGAAUCUGAAAGAAAAAAGAAGGAGAUUAUUGACGAACAUGCUGCAGAAUGUAAUUUCAGCUGUUCAGAUGGCGACGAUGUAAUGCUGGACCCCGUUAGCAUUGGCGAGGGUUUUAUGUGCAAUUCUGACGCAGGGAGUUCCUGGAGUUCUAUUCCUGAUAGUGCUAGCUCGAUGUCAGAAUACGAGGGAGAGAACUCCUCGGAUUACUGGCGAGAGAAGGCCAAAACUCUGGAUACUCUUUUAUCCGAAAGCCUUAAACGGGAGGAGUUGCUAACUACGAAAUUACAGGAUGCUGUAGCAGAAUUCCCUUCUGGAUUGAUGGGCGAACUCCAGCAGCAGUUUGAGCGAUUUGACAACUUUCUGCGGUUCACUGUGAGGAAAGCACCUGUAGUAUUUGGCCACCAGGACACCGAGUUGCGUUAUCGGUUCAUUCAUAAUGCUUUUCCAACACUCACCGAAGAGGAAGUUAUAGGAAAGACGGACGAAGAGAUUUAUCAGGGGAUGGGGGUUUCAGAGCUCAUGGAAUUCAAACGUGAAGUUAUUCGAACCAAAGUUCCUGACAAGCAAGAGAUAAAGUUCAACACAAACAUGUUUGGCUGCAAGACGUUCAUGAUUGCUGUGGAGCCUGUACUAGACAUGAACGAUGUCUGUGUCGGUGUGAACUAUGUUGCCAUGGAUGUGACUUUGCAGGUGGCCAAGAGGGAGAAGCUCGCUAAGAUUCAAGCCGAAGAUGCAGUCCAAGCUGCAAUGGAGUCUGAACUUAACAAAACCAUCUUCAUAACAGAGGAGUCAAUGAGAGCCAAGCAAAUGCUGGCAACGAUGGCGCAUGAGAUUCGGUCUCCGUUGUCGGGAGUGAUAAGCACGGCUUCAGUUUUGGCUCGAACUUCAUUGAACCAAGAACAAAAGCGUUACGUUGAGUUUAUGACUUCUUCAGGCAAUGUUGUGUUGAAGCUCAUUAAUGACAUUCUUGACCUUUCUAAGGUUGAAGCGGGAGCAAUGACAUUUGAAGAGAAGAAGUUCCGACCAAGAGAAGUAGUGAAACAUGUGCUGCAGAUGGCAUCCGCUUCUGUAGCUGCCGACAAAAAGACCAUUCAUCUUGAAACGGACGUAUCCGAAGAUGUUCCUCUUGAGGUCGUCGGCGAUGUACUCAGAAUUCGUCAAGUGCUUACCAAUUUAGUCAGCAACGCGGUCAAGUUUACUCAUGAAGGCAAGGUUUCUAUUGUUGUGCGUGUUGUCGGGCCGCCGUCUCACACCGCUCGGGACCAUACGAAGUCCAAACGUAAAUUUGAAUUUGAUUGUUGUGAAACUUCACAACGAUCAAUUGAGCUUUCGGCAUUUCCUAAUUCUAUGCCUGUAUCCUCUUCUUCAGAAGCUCUCAAUAUAUUUCAAAGGAAGGGGCUGAUUACACCCAUGUCAAUUCCUGUUAGCGACAGUGCUACUCAUUUUUCAGAAGCAGACCAAAGAUCACUCUUACGGAACGAAAGUGAAUUCUCUUCUGAUUCAAUAGCGUGCCAGUGCUGUGGCACCCGAAACACUGGAACUGUCAAGCUUUCAAGUAAGUGUCAGAGAAGUGAGAUGGCUGGUGUUGUGCUCAGUUCUUUGAAGAAGCAGCGGACGGGAGAACAGAUUUGUUCGAUACCUUCAUCGAAUGGAAGUGCUGGUGGUCAGGAAGCUCUAGUAAAGGAUGAGGACACGAAGGAUAUGAUGUGGAUAGAAUUUUACAUUGUAGAUACUGGGAUCGGUAUUUCAGAGGGAGCAAUUCCAACGCUGUUCAAGAGAUACGCCCAAGCAAGCAGCACGCAUGCUCGGAAGUAUGGAGGCACUGGUCUUGGGUUACACAUUUGCAAACAGUUGGCUGAGUUGAUGGGGGGAAGAAUUAGUGUCCUCAGCAAAGAGAAGGAGGGAUCUACGUUUUCUUUCAAGUUGCCACUUCGAACUGUUCAGCACUUGCCCGGUAGUCCUAUUUCUAAUGACGAUCCUGAGUGCGUGACGGAGAAGGACCAUAAAGAAAAUAUGUGCACGGAUGCGCCUGAAAUUUCGCGGUUAAGCUCUUCAAAACCUGCACGUAAAAGCUUACUAAAUCCCUCAACCAGAGGUCGCGGUUAUCGUCGAUCUAAACAGUCUCUUAAACCUCCAUUUAAUACCCCGAGCCCUACGAAUUUUGAUCAACUGAAGUAUUUUACUGGGUUUCGUUCCCAGAAGCAAGAGCCACAUCCAACAACAGCACCUACUUCAGCUAUUGUCACCAAGCCUGUACUAUCUGAGGAAAUUGGACAUUGUCUUAAAUCUAAUAGUUCCAGGCUUCUCGACAGUCAGGGACCGCCUUUACAUUCUUGUUUCAAGUCAAUAGAAGGCUUUGAUAUAGAGGACCCUGCGAAAUCAGAUCGCCGUUCUAAUACUUCUUCGACCAAAAAUAUUCAAGGAGGAUCUGUACGUUACAAAACGCGAUCUUCACCAGUGAUUUCGAACGUAGUAAAUAACUCUAGGCGGUUUAAAAUUUUGGUGGCUGAGGAUGAUCCAGUGAAUGUGAAAGUCGCCAUUCAAAUGAUGGUUGCUUUAGGACAUGAAUUGAAGGUGGUGAACAACGGAGCAGAUGCAGUACAGGCAGUGAAACAAGAAUCGUACGAUGUCGUGCUCAUGGAUGUUCACAUGCCAGUUAUGGAUGGUCUUGAGGCAACUCGACACAUAAGGAUGUACGAAGAAUCUUGUUCUUCCGCUCUAAUCAAUGAUACUGUGCGAACUCAUCAAGGAGCAACAGCUGCAAGUGGUAUGAGCCUCCAGAGUAUCAGAAGAAUACCAAUCAUUGCGAUGACAGCAGAUGCAUUGACAGACAAUAUUCAGGAAUGUGCCAAGAAUGGAAUGGACAACUUCAUUGCUAAGCCCGUAAAUAUAGAGAAGCUUGAGGAGCUGCUUGACGAGUACGUGCCUAGUAUGGACCAAGAGAUUUAACGGCGCGGGGCGAGCAAGCGUCCUAGGGCUUCAGGCGCUGCUCGCCCGUCUUUGUAAGGAUGAGACAGGAAAGAGACAGAGAACUUGCGAGCAUUUCAGGUGGAGCUCUACACUUGGUUGGUCAAUAGCUAUGAUCUCCUCGUAUUAAUGACUCUUAAUCCAGCACAGAUGAUGCUCUUAGUUCUCUUAAUGUAUUUUCGACAACUUUUUCUCUCAUUCUGUGGAUAGUAGGACAUGACAGAUAGUGUCGUGAGCCAGGAGGUGGUGGCUUGGCCCAGUUCCCACUUCAUCUGACGAGCCGUUGAGGCACCCAUUUAUUCUCCCUGGCGAGGUUGAGACAAACUCGCAUUAGAGUAAGACCCUCGAAUCAUGUGGGUCUCGUAAGAUUGUGUGUUACACGAGCUUCUACACAAUUUCAGCUCAAGCGUAGACUACUAGGUAGUGGAAGAAGAGAUGCUGAAUUUUCGGCUCCAGCAAGUGGUGGAACAUUUUGCACCGCUUCACUGGCUCUUUUGUACAUCAGUUUCCAGCUACAAUGUGUCAGCCAUUUGGCAAAAACUCCAAUGGUGUGUGAUAGCUAUGUACCAUAAGCUUAACUUCCACUUUUUCUCAGAAAACGCGAUCAGAUUUAUGGAUCCUGUUCCAACAUUUGGGUACUUUCAGCAGCUUAUUCGUCGUGAUUUUUGAAGAGUGAUGAGAUUUGUAUUUGCGUUAGAAUAACGGAUUCUUCUAUUUCCCA